AUAUAUACAGGACCGACUAUAUUACCGAUUGGGUUACAACAGGAUUUUAAAUACCGGUAAUGAUUUUAAAAAUAAAACGAAGACCCUCUAGAACGUUUUUUUCCACGGUGAGCAAUGCUCAAGGAUAGCUAGAUAGGUAGGAAAACGUUAGUUUAUACGUGAUGUAAGUUUACCGGGUAUUCUAACUUCUAGCAUUGACUUUCACCGAUUCUUUUAAGGAGGCACGCUCGGCGUUCGUGUGGGUGUACGGACGUUCGUGUUGUGUGGACAGAGUACGCACAGUAGAUGAGGUCAUAUACCCAUCCACUCUUACAGGUGGUUCCUCCUCCAUUCACGCCGAUACAGUCACUCCGUAAAGCGAGUGCACGCCACCUUCUCUCAGGGAAUCCCGGUUUAAUUUUCAUUAGUGCAUCCCGCUAUGAUGAUCGAUUACGCGUUAAAUAUUAAAUACUCAGUGACGAUCGUGAUGGUGUUCGCGGUCACAUCCACGUACAGUAAUUACACGGACAUUAAUCUGCCCUCCGAUCACAUCAAGUAUUACUUCAACUAUUUUCCCACGGUAGCCGAAGAGUGCCGCAAUAAUACCGCCUGUCCCUACAAGGGUAGCCUUGAUACCAAAGCUUGUUGGGGUUACGAGCCGAAUUGCAAAGCCGAAAAUUCUUUUUCCGUUCCUCAAUGUCCAGGUGAUCACAGAGGAUGGGUGACUACGAAAAAAGCACAGGUAGAGACGUUUUACGCUCAAGGCGACUUUGGCUACGUACGCGAUCAAAGAAAAGAAAUGUCGAUUUUUUGUGAACCGUUGUUCGUGGAUGACUCCUCUCUGGAAUGCUCGGAACACAUGAGAUUCUGCCGAGCAAGGAAUAUAAUGAUCAAUUUCACGGAUCUAAUCGGAAGGAAGGAACCUAUACGAUACAAGAUGGAUGUCUUAAAAGAAGGUCAAAUUGGAGGAUACUGCACAUUAAACGAAAAAAGAUUAGAAGAGAACGCGGAUCAUAUUAGUCCAUUGCAAUCUUGGGGACCCGAACUACGAAAUUUCCGCAAAUUAUCUCGACCACCAAUCGUCAAUCACGAUUGUGAUAUCGUGAUCAAGAAGCCAACAUUCGUAAUGAAAAUAGACGCUAUAGUAAACAUGUAUCAUCAUUUCUGCGACUUUUUCAACUUAUACGCGUCAUUGCACGUAAAUCUCUCGCAUCCAGCCGGCUUCAAUACUGAUAAUCACAUAAUGAUUUGGGAAAGCUACAGCUAUCGUUCUGCGUUCCAAGACGCUUUCGAGGCUUUCACGAGAAACCCGCUGUGGGAUUUAAAAACGUUUCGAGGAGAAACCGUCUGUUUCAAGAAUCUUGUAUUCCCCUUAUUGCCGCGAAUGAUUUUUGGCCUAUACUAUAAUACACCUCUUAUUUACGGCUGUGAGAACAGUGGAUUGUUCAAAGCUUUCGGUGAACAUGUGUUGCACAGAUUGCGUAUACCUCUCCAUGAAAGGAAAAACCAAAGAAUAAGAAUCACUCUGCUUAGCAGAGAUACACAAUAUCGAAGAAUUCUGAACGAGGAUGAAUUGGUGAGAGCUUUGAAAGAAAAUCCGCUAUACAAAGUGAAAAAGGUAGUUUAUAAUAAAAAAAUAUCAUUUAAGAAACAACUAGAAAUCACAAGAAAUUCUGAUAUCUUUAUUGGUAUACAUGGAGCUGGACUAACACAUCUCAUGUUUUUGCCAGAUUGGGCAGCAGUAUUUGAAAUAUAUAAUUGCGAAGAUCCAGGAUGUUAUAAAGAUCUAGCUCGUUUGCGCGGUGUAAAGUACUUCACAUGGGAAAAUAAUUCGAAAUUAGUGCAACAAGAUCCUGGUACGCAUCCUGAUGGAGGAGCGCAUGCAAAAUUCACGAAUUACAGUUUUGAUGUUGAAGAAUUUUUACGUAUAGUUUCGCAAGCUACCGAUUACGUAAAAAAUCAUGAUUCGUUUAAAAACUUUAUCGCUAAAAAAAUCCAACAUAAGGAAAUGAAAAAUCAAACUAGCGCAAUGAGUGAUGUAAAAAAAAGUGCAACUUCUAAAUCGAAAGUAACCGAAUUAAAAUCCGAUACUCAAUCCAAAGAUGAAUUAUAAUGA